ACACGUCGGCUAGUCAACUGGUCGAUAAACCUGUUUCGACCCAUAAGUCUCGCGACGCUCCUUCGGAUGAGGAAAUGCGUGAUUGUGAUUCGAUCGAUGGUGAUCAUCAUCAUGUAAUUCGUGCAACACGUUUAAAUGUCGCAUCUUUGAAACGUAACCACAGUCACAGCAACAGCAACAACAACAACAAAAAUACUAAUAAUAAUAAUAACAAUAACAAUAUUGGCGGUGGUGAUAUGAGUUUUGGUGGCAACGCCGGCAGUGCAAGUAUCGGUGUUGGCAGUGGUAUGGGUGUGCGUAGUCCCGAUCGUCACGCUGAUCUUCAAAUGAGUCAUCAUCAUCAGUUUCCUUCGAAUCAUCCGCUAAAUGCGCUCGGUAAUUUCAUGGGCAUUGGCGGUCUACAUGGCAUUCCAAAUCUACAACACAAUGAUGUGUUAGAGAAGCUAAAGAUGCAAGUUCGUGAUAUGAAAGUGGGUCUAAUGGAACAAGACUACGCCGCUGCACAUGCGGCCGCUUUCGCACCAAAUCUUUUACCCGCAAACUUAAAUCCAGCAUUUUCGCUGCCACCCACAUCAAUGAGCCAGUUCGAGCAUCGCGCGCAGAGUCUGGCUGUACAAGCGGGCGGCGGUGGUGGUGGUGGAAAUGUCAACACAAGCAUCUCCAAUGGCAAUUCACAAAAUCCACACAACAGUGGCGGCAACAACAAUUUGAGCAUGAGUGGCGCGUCGUGUUUGACAAAUGGCGGUUCUGGCCUGCUUGGUGGUGGUAGCGGCAGUGGCGCCGCUGGUAUGGGUGGUGGAGUCGGUGGCGUUGGUGGAGGUGGUGGUGGUGGCAGUGGCAGCGGCAAUGGUGGCUUCUCAUUCACCUCACCAACGGCACCGAGCUCAAAAGACGUUAAUCCCGCAUCGAAUUCUUCCACAUCCAGCGAAGCGUCCAAUUCAUCUCAACAGAACAAUGGCUGGAGCUUCGAGGAACAAUACAAACAAGUGAGACAG